GGCAAGUCGCUCCAUUACACGUCUGCGGAGUUUCAACAGAGAGACGAUCAUUAUAGUGUUCACUGUGCUUGCAAUUUCGGGAUACUCUAUCAGUCAAAGGACUCCAAGUCUGCUCACACAAUGUCCGGCUAAGCUCAAAAUGGUCUUUGGACUUAGUACCACUUCUUCUCCACAAGCCCUCUACUACCCGUCGGAAGGCAACAAACCACAACCAUGACCUCCCGCCAGCAGACCCUGCGCGAUCGUCAGAUAGCAACGAUUGAGCGGAUCCUAAGCCUAAACAACGAGGAUAUCCAGGACACCGACCCCUCGAAUCCGACUCCCAGUUCAUCUUUACUCGGCGAAAAUGGCCAGCCUAUUUGGAAGGUACUGGUCUUUGACAACCUCGGGAGAGACAUCAUUAGCAGUGUGCUCCGAGUCAACGAUUUACGUGCCAAGGGGGUAACAAUACACCUAAACAUAAACUCAACCAGGUUUCCUAUACCAGACGUUCCAGUUCUUUACCUCGUUGAGCCGACGAUAGCGAACAUUCAGAUAAUAUGCUCCGACCUCGCCAGAGGCCUCUACACCCCGGCUUAUAUCAAUUUCCUCUCCUCCGUCCCCCGUCCUCUCCUCGAAGAAUUUGCCGCUCAAAUUGCCUCCACCAAUACCUCCGAAGCGAUCGCCCAAGUCUAUGACCAGUAUUUGAAUUUCAUCGUCGCAGAGCCUGACUUGUUCAGUCUGGGCAUGGGCAAAGAUUCCUUUUGGACAUUCAACAGCGCAAAGGUACAAGAGGAGGUCCAGGACGCUGCAAUAGACAGAAUUGUCACCGGUCUGUUCAGUGUGAGCGUCACCAUGGGCUCUGUACCCAUAAUCCGGUGUCCCCAGUCAGAACUUGCCAAAAUGAUCGCCACGAAACUCGACCGAAAAUUACGGGAUCAUGUCCUCAAUUCCAAAGACAACCUGUUCUCCUCCAAGUCGGCAAAUGUCUACUCUACCCCCUCCCGACCAGUCCUCAUUAUACUGGACCGAAACGUUGACCUGGUGCCAAUGUUGUCGCAUUCAUGGACAUACCAAUCCCUUGUUCAUGAUGUCUUGAAAAUGCAUCUCAAUAGAAUCACUGUUGAUGUUGCAGACGAAACAAAUCCCACAGCUCAACCCCGAGCCUACGACCUAAACGCGAGCGAUUUCUUUUGGGCACGAAAUGCCAGUGCUCCAUUCCCUCAGGUGGCAGAGGACAUUGAUUCGGAACUCACAAAGUACAAGGCCGACGCAGAAGAGGUUACCAAGAAAACUGGUGUGAAUAGCAUCGAAGACUUGAAUGACACAUCAGCUUCUGCAACCCACUUGAAAGCAGCAAUAACAUUACUGCCGGAACUACGGGAACGGAAAGCCACCCUGGACAUGCACAUGAAUAUUGCAACUGCCCUUCUGAAAGGAAUUCGAGACCGACAACUGGAUAACCUAUUCCAGCUUGAAGAGAACAUUACAAAACAGACAGCAGAUCAAAUGCUUGCCCUGAUCAAGGCAGACGACAAGGGCAACAAUCCCUUGGACAAACUACGUAUAUUCAUCAUCUGGUAUCUGUCCGUCGACCGUGAGCCCUCGAAGUCCGAAUUAGCCGAAUUCGAAACCGCACUCACGAAUGCUGGUGUCGGCGAGUCGAUUGCUUCAAUCAAGCAUAUAUCCAACCUCCGACUGGGAACGCGUGGCACGAUGAUGGCCUCAACAGUCUCGACAAGUCAACCCGCGCAGGCACCGCUCUUUGGCGGACUGUCAUCUCUCUCAAAGAACUUUACCGACAAAAUUGCCUCUACAGGUUUUGGCGCCGUCAAUUUCGACAACCUCGUGUCUGGUGUGAAAAACUUUUUGCCCGCCAACCGUGAUCUUACAGUGACGAAGAUCGUCGAGUCCAUCAUGGACCCACCCGCUGCAUCGUCCUCUGCCAUUGCCAAGACAGAGAACUACCUCUACUUCGAUCCACGAAGCGCACAUGCUCGUGGAACUACUGGCGGUGGACCAGCAUCAUCCGCACGUGGCGGAGGACAAGCGGGAGUGAAUCCUAGUUUCGGCCAACGGCGACAGGGGUACACCGAAGCAAUUGUCUUCACUGUCGGUGGAGGUAGCAUGGACGAGUACGGAAACUUACAGGAAUGGGUCAAACGGACCACAGGCCAAGGUGCUGCUGGCUCCGGCGCAGGAAAUGCCCCAAGAAAUCGACGUGUUGUUUACGGUAGUACCGAACUGGUCAAUGGAGAGGAUUUCUUGAAGGAAUUGGUUAGGUUAGGCUCAGAAGGCUGAUAAUCCAUAGACCCCUUUUAAGACUUUUCAGUUUCCAAUAACUUUCCACAUAUAUCAUCACGU